AUGCUUACGGACGGUACCUCUUUUAUCCCCCAGGGAACCCUUGCACCUAUUGCGUACAAAGAAAAAAGGGCAUUCACGUCAUAUGAAGGAACGAAAUAUAUACUCCCAUCGGAUGAACUUGAACGAGAAAGACUUGAGAAGCAGCAUCGCAUUAUUACGCAGGCAUUUGAUAACAAACUAGUUCUUCCCCCUGUCAUCUUGAAGAAGGGAGACAAGGUCCUAGAUUCCGCUACAGGAGGCUGCAAUUGGCUUUUGAACUGUAUGAAGAACGUCCCAAGCUCAGUGGAAAUUUAUGGAAUUGACAUCGAAACACGUCUCUUCCCUGCAGCUGACUGCCUCCCUGACAAUGUCCACCUUUCCCUCAACUCCGUCACAAAUCUGCCUUCGAAAUGGAAUGACACAUUCACCUUGAUCAACCAACGUCUUCUUAUCCUGGCAUUACAGAACCACGAAUGGGUGGUCGCGUUGAAAGAGCUCCACCGCGUUCUCGCCCUAAAAGGGUGGUUGCAACUUUGCGAGGUAGACCCUUUCAUCCGCAAAGGAGGACCUGUUGUCGACAAGAUUAAUGCGCUCCGAAUUGCCUUGUGCGAUUCAAAGGGCUUGGUGGUUGAUAUUGCCAGUCAAUUGCCUGAAAUUCUCCAAAAUGCUGGAUUCGUAGACGUGCAUGUCGUUUGCCGUAGCACGCCCCUUGGAAAAUGGGCGGGUAAAUAUGGUGAGGACGGAAGAGACAAUAUUGUAAGCCUCUGGAAAGGCCUGAAAACGCCAGUAAUGAUGGCAGGUGGUUUGGGCAUUGUCCAUUCGGAGGAAGAGUUCGAUGAUAUGUUAGAGGAUCUGGAGCGGGAACUAGAUGGGACACCUGGGGCGCAGAAUCCUUUUUUCAUGAUCUACGCACAAAAGCCAGAAUAA